AUGAACAACGCCGUCACCCUGGUUCCCUCUGAUCAAAUCAUUGUGGUCUACUCGGAUGGUGAAAUCACUGCUGGAGAGAUUUCUUGCGCUUUGUUCUACGCCAAUUCUCGCUUGUUGGCCAUGCACCUGUAUGUUGACAAGAGCUUUGCCACCGCCAUGCCCGGUUAUGCAGAAAAUUUUUACACACUCAUGCAAUGGGAAAUGGAGACUUUUGUAACUCCAUUCAUCAACAUAUCCUUCCUGAGCAGGUGCUCCGCUACCAUUCCAAAACUUCUCCACAAUGUGAUUGCAAUUUUGGUUGUCCAUAAAUUGGUGGACCGGCAACCGGAUGUGAAUGAGGUCCUCAUGGAAAUCAAAGCAUUGCCUCUUUCUGUCCAUUCCGCCGCAUCAGAUCAAUAUGACAUUGCUCGUAUGCCAGACUACUUCAAUGCCUGGUGGAAGGAGAACCUGGGCUCCUGCAGGGUGCCAGACAUGUUGCCAAAAUCAUCUGUCCAAGAUGUGAUGGAGUUGGUUGAGGGCCAUUUUUCAGAACUCCCGGAUCAUGUGGAAACCGACCUCCUCCCUUAUAUGCUCACACUUGGCCUGAGAGCUGUUGGAAAUUUUGCAGAGAAGGAUGACAAACUUUUUACGUUCAAGUGA